UUCCAAUUGCAACCCAAGCAAAUCAGUUCAGUGGGGAAUUGGGCUGUCGCACAGGCUCACUCACAGGCUCUGGCGCUGAAUUCUGGGGGCCAGGGAGCUCAGGGUCUAUGGUGACCACGCGUGGAACCUCAGGUUUGCCAUCAAAAUUUGUCGCACAAACCUCACUCAGUCAUUGUCACUGUCACUACAAGCACGCACGCACAAUCGACCAGAAGCUGUUGCAUUCUUUUCCCACAUUCAGGGUGCGUUACGUCCGUGCCUCGGAAAUACCAUAACCUGAUAUUUGGCUUGCGUGAGGUAUUUCUUGGCUGCUACAACGAGAGGCACUUGACUAGACCAGACCACCCGUAAACCGGUCCAGAACCAGAACCAGAACCAGCCAGAACCGGUACGGAUAGCAGAACCUUUAGGCCCCCCAAAACCAAAGACCAACAAACAAAAAAACUCUGUCAAUCGUUUUAGUUCUGGACUGGGACCCCUGCCCUGCAGACCCCUUCGACACCUACAGAGAGAGACAGCGACCGAGACUUGUCCUUCUUCAUCAGCCUUCCUAGGUCUUCAGGUCAUCCAAUGUCGCCUUCUCCGCUUAAAACGCCUGGCUCUGGCUCUGGUGGUGAACAAGCAUCAUGCGUCGGCUUCGACCGUCAUCAGUCGUUUACAACUGCAGCACCUACACUAUCAUCGAAUGUCGAUAUCGGCAGUGUCGCAAAGACAAGUGAUCCAGAUCAAGGGCCAAAGCAACAACACCAACAUAGCCGACAACAAUCGCCAGCUCGAGAAAUCACAUCAUCCUCCCCAACCAACAUCCAUCCUCUACUUCAGGUCGCAUCCGCUCCCCCGCAUUCUCGCUCGACAAUUGCCGCCACCGAUACAACACCCGCUACCACAACUCCAAUUACUGAGUCGCCUGCAUUGCCAUUGGGCUCUUCAAAGCAAUCACCAACAAAUACUGCUCAACUUGCCUCGAGGGCCACCGAAGCCCGGGCAGGCACAUCUUCAAAUAUGAUAUUCUCGGAUAUUUACAAGAGCCCGCGAUCACCCAUCGCUAAGCUCCGUCACCACUCGGUCCAGUUGCCGACACCGCUGCCAACCAAUACCCCAGAUUGGUACGGCGAGGAACACGCAGACCUUCUCAGCAAGGACAAGGUGAAGCAGAAGGAAGCAGUGAAGAGGUAUCUCGACGCCAAAGUCAAGAACGAUUGGGAGUUCCUAUGGCCUUCUCGCGUUGUCGAGCCCCCACUACUUGAGGGCGAUGUUGCUGUUGUCGACACUGCAUCUGAAACACAUGAUGCAAUUGAGGCUGCCACCAGUCUCGAUGUCACAGAACCGACAAAGUCUGUCCAGGAUGAGACGCGCGGGGAUGAUGGCUACCAAGUCGAUGAACCUGAGUCUUCAGGUAACGAAAACGGCAGCGAUGCCGAGUCCAUGUACAGUACUGUCUCUGAAGAUUUAGUCAACUUUCGCACACGUCUAGACUGGGCCUCAGACCUUUCUGAUGAUGAGGACGAGCCUGGACCUUCGCGAUCACCUUUCCGCUUUGACAACCCCAACAAUGUGGGCUCCAGUGUCCAAGCUGUGGUUCAGGGCAAGCGCGCCAAGCGAAGGAGAGCAGUUCGCAAGGAAAUGGAAUGGAACGAAGGACUCGCCUGUUUCGAAGCGCGGCGAAAUGCAUGGACGGGCGCACGAACUGUCCGCGUUCGGGCCAAGCCUGCAACGCCCCCUGCUGUGUCACCACUAUCUCCCCGUCGAUUCUUCUUCCGUCGCUCCAUGUCAACAUCUCCUCCUGCCUCGACAAUUGCGUCUACUUUGCCACCGCAAGUCAGUGACGCGUCAGACAAUUCAUCACUCGCGAGAAGCGACGAGCUUCGCAAUGCUCGAUCCAAAGACACGACGCCAUCGACACCUCCCGACAGCCGAAAUUAUCCCAUCGAGGUCCUGCUUCCUCUUCCCCCACCUCUCCUACCUCCCAAUAACCCUCUGCGUGCAUCCAUCACACCUUCUGUAUAUCUCAGUCUCUACGACAAGGUCAUCAUCCACAGCCUUCAGCCCUCGUGCCCGAUUAAUUUGUCCGAUAUGCUUCGAGCUUGCGUUACUGGCUGGAAGCGAGAUGGCGAGUGGCCCCCACGACCGACAAUGGCUCCUGCUCCUGCCGCCAAGAAGAAGAAACCUAAGAAGCCUUCAAACCCCUCAGAGAACGCGGGCAGUACUGUACGCCGCAUGAGCUUUGGCCUGCUGGGCCGCGACAAGGACGAUUCGACAAGCGGCAAGGGCAUUCGCCGCAGCCUUGUUAGAGCCCUCGGCAUUGGAGAAGGGACAGAGACCCCUAAAUGAGGCUAUCUCGUUACGAAUUCAUGAUUAUGAUGAAAAAGCAGGAGGACUAUCAUUACGGUUGACGCAUGGCGCUUAUAUAUGGGCUCUCGCUUUCUGACUUGGUAUACCAUGUAGGGAAGGAAAUGUGUUGUGUAUUCUGGUAUAGUUAUCUUUAUUUUUUGUUUGCCGUCAUGACCUGGUCAUGCUGGUAUAGGGAGUUUUUGGGCAUGGAUUUGUCUCCAUAUUGGAGUCUCUUGGGGCAGCUGGGGGGAAAGCCUGCAUUUUGAUACCUCUUGAUCCAAGCAUUGCGGCCAUGCUAGUUAACUUUGCUAUAACUGUAUUCUUCAACUUGGCAUUACUCCUCGCCCGCUGUUCACUGAGCUUAGUGAUAGUAUCAUUGUCUUGGCGCUGUCGUGAUGUAAUAGGAGGUGAUGGUUUACUUAGUGUUGACGCCACAGUUCGUUGGGUGGAAGAGUAUCACAUGCAUGCCGUCAGCUGAAUUGAGUUUUGAUUGUAUUGACAGAGUUUCAAUGGUACCUCUGUAGACUAACUACUAACUAGUUAGACUGCCAUUGUAAGACCCAAAGAAGAUGACGGCUCGUUCCGUACCUGUCAUGUGAGUUGCUCACCCUGUCGAUCACAUAUCAUCGGGGCAGCUGCACAUUGACUUUGAAGAGUUUAGAAGUCUUUGGUUGAUAGAGAUCGUUCCUAUGAGUCUAGUAUUGACAAUAGCGUGUAGCGAGGGGCCAACGGAAGCUGAAAACGCUGGUCCGAUGGGCUAGUAUCGUUCGGCUGUGCUGCAGUAAAUUGGAAUAUCAAAAAUCCAUCCUUGGAUGGCAGGGUCAGAGACUGAUAUAAAGAACAGGCCGCCUCUGAACUCGGGUAGAGUUUCAUAGGGUCUAAGCAGGUAAAUAUAUUCUUGUAGCC